AUGAGUGAAGAUGUAAUAGUUAAAAAACUUAAAUUAUCUAAUGGUAUUUAAAUAUACCAAUAUAAUUUAUAGCCAAUUUUGUUUUGUAAUAUGGUGAACCAAAAUUUGAUACAAAAUAAUUGAUGUAAAGUGAUGCUCAAAGAAUUUUUAAUUAAUAUUCCUAAAUUGUUAAAGAUGAGAAACGACCUUAAGUUUUUGGGUUUAUAACACAAUAAACAAAUGCAUUAUUAAAAAGAAUGGAAGAGCAUCGUUAAAUACUCAAAUAAUAAAUUGAACUGCAAUUAAAGAUUUGUUAAGGGAAUAUUCUUUUAUAAAAAGCCUUGCUUAGUUACGAAUUAAAGAAAAUGAAUUGA